AUGCUUAGAGACAGUCCUAACGUCUUUCGAUGCUUUAAAGGCACACAGGAGAAGGUUUUGCCUUGGAGGGGAGAGCUCUUGGCCAGAAAAGAAAAAUAUGAAGGGCUCUACUCUCUCCUCCUGCAAGUUGGGUUCAUCGCAGCUUCUACAAAACCCCGAGGAAGCGUAAAUGAAGAACUGCGUGCCGUUUUUGUUUCGUAG